AUGAGAUGCUUGACGUCCCAGAAGCGGCAGCUCGAACAGGAGAAGGAUGAACUGGAGGAGCACCGUGGCCGGGGAGGCACAUUCUCAUCGGAAGAGAAGCGACGCAUGGAGCAGAAGCUGGCUCAGUUAGAGGAAGAGUUGGAAGAGGAGCAGAACAAUGCCGAGAUUGCUAUAGAUAAACAGCGAAAAGCACAGCAACAGAUAGCCGCCGAACUUGAGAGUACGGCACAAUCACGAGCACGUGCUCAGAUCGCCGCUCUUGAAGCAAAGAUUCAAUACCUUGAAGAACAAAAUAGUGCUGAGAGUCAGGAACGCCACAAUGCAACUCGGCAGUUCAGGAGAAUUGAGAAACGCCUUCAUGACACGAUUCUUCAGCUCGAAGAUGAAAGGCGAAAUGUGGAACAGCAGAAGGAGAUUGCGGAGAAAUGUAAUUUGCGAGCGAAGCAAAUGCGUCGUCAACUCGAUGAGCAAGAAGAGGAGAUGACUCGUGAGCGUGCCAAAUCGCGAAAUCUCCAGCGAGAAAUUGACGAUCUCACUGAAGCGAAUGAUACGCUCACGCGAGAAAACAAUAACCUACGGUGA